AAUGUCUGCAGUCUUACGUUUUUUUUCGUGUAUUAUGUGGCCCUAGAAACUGAAAAAUCCUAUACAAAGUGCAGAAAAGUAGAAUAGAAUGUCCAUAGAGUGCAGUGUAGGACGAGUGCUUCAAAAUUAUUUUGUGUAAUUGUUUUAUUAGUGAAACAGAUCAAGAUGCGUAUCGGUUUUGUGUUAUAUUGGUGCGUACUUGCAUUUCAUCUGUGUAAAGGUGAUGAUACGGAGAAGACAGAAUCUAGAGAAAAUGGUCGAAGAACACAAUGGGGUCCCGGUAGCCGCAGCAACUCUUUUGUAAGCGAUCCAGCGGUUUCGACAUCCAACGAACUGAUACUAAUGGAGGCUUGCAACAAUGAGCCGGCAUGUCUACAAGACCGCGCCGGUCUUGAGGCCAUCACUCAGCUGCAUCGACAGCUUGACGACGACGCCAAUGGGAACGUUGACCUCAGCGAGAGCGAUGAUUUCCUCCGUGAGGAGUUGCAGUACGACAGCGGCUAUGAAAAGCGGCAGCGCGCCUUCCAUCACAAUGAUGAUAUGCACAUCUCUGUUAAAGAGUUGUGGGAGGCCUGGCUUAGAUCAGAGGUUCACAAUUGGACUACAGAACAAACGGUGGAAUGGUUGUCCCAGUCAGUAGAUCUCCCGCAGUACAGAUCUUUAUUCUUGCAGCACAAGAUCACUGGAGCCACAUUACCCAGGUUGGCGGUAAACAACAUGCAAUACCUGAGCAAUGUCCUUGGUAUUAAGGACCCUAUACACAAACAGAAGCUCGCACUCAAGGCUAUGGAUGUUGUAUUAUUCGGACCUCCGAAAGAAGGCAGUAGAUGGAAGGACUGGCUACUCGCGUCGUUGCUGUUGGGCGCGGUGGUUGGCGGGUGGGCGGCGCUGCGGGCGGGCCGCGCCAGCCGUACACAGGUGCAAAGGAUGCUUCGUGACAUGGAACAGCUAAGAAAGGCUGAGAUGGCUCUCGAUGAUAUGCAGAAGGAGCUCGAAAAAGCGCGCUUGGAACAGGAGAGCGUCACAACAGAGAAACGUAACUUAGAAAAGAAGUUGCGGGAGGCGGGAGACACGCCCCUACUAAACUCCGCCUCUUCAGACCUGGAGGUGUCCACGCUCAAAGCUGAAAUUGAAAUGUUAAGGGCGGAACUCCGUCGUGCGGAGGGUGAGCUAGAAGACAGAUGCUGGGCGCCACCUCCCGGCCUGCAGCAGUGGUUGCAGCUCACACACGAAGUAGAGAACCGCUCCUACUUGCGGAAGAAACAACAAGCUGAUCUACAAUUACAACAGGCGAGAGAAGCCUGUGAGAAGUUACGUAAGAAGAGGUCGAGUCUUGUUGGCGCGUUUGUUUCAACUCACGGCAAGUCAAUAGACGACGUGGACCGCUCCAUUGUGGAGGCUCGCACCGCUCUCAACGAGGUCACUCAGGAAUUACAGGAGAGAAUGCAUCGAUGGAAGCAAAUCGAGCGUUUGUGCGGCUUCAAUAUAAUAAAUAACAACGGAUUGCAGUUCCUUGAGAGUACCCUCUACAGGACAGCCAAUGGACGACAGACAGGAAGGGUUCGAAUGAGCAGUUCUCAAGACGAUUUGAGCGUGGGUGAUGACGUGUCGAUAUGCGGCUCCGUAGCCGACAAUUUUGGUUGGCGCGAAGAUUCAUCAGGAAGCGAAGAACACGACUCACCUCACUAUCCUUUAGAUCUGAGACUUGCUGAGGCGAGAUUGCAAUUAGAAGAGCGUUUAGCUCAAGAGGCUCGAGAGCAACGGCCGGAGGACAAGCGGGAAGAGGACAGGAGGUACGAGAGGUCGCGCGGCUCUCACGGCGACGUCAGGAAGAGUCCUCCGGAGGACAAGCGCAAGGAGCCCGUGCAGUUCAUACUGGGCGGUGAAAAUGUUAAUUGGUCCGGUGACGACUUAACGCGGGCGAUUCAUUCCCAGUCGCAGCCGCAGCUGCGCGCGUCAAUGCGCAGUAUAGGCGCCCCCCUCCCGCCGCCGCGCCGCCCCCUCUCCUCCGGACAGAUGGUCCGCUCUCGCAGCACAGACAUAGUACCCAAUCCAGACGAUCCCAGACCUCCGCCCAGGAACCCUUUUACCAAACAAAAACCACUCCCCGAAAAUAAUCAGGACUCUGCGACUCAGUCUAGUAAUACUCCCCCCGAAGAGGAGUCCACGGAUUCGUCUUUGAUGGACGAUGAAGGACUUCCUAAGCCGAGAAAGAGACGCAUCCAUCUUCCGUUCGGGAAAAAGAGCAAGACUCCGGCGUGACAGGAACAGAAUGUUCGCGAUGUCCGCCCCCGCCAUGUGCAGUUUUACACGCAAACUUAUUACGUCGGAUAUCGGGUAGGGAUGAUC